CAGGACUACUGAACAAGGGAUUGUCCUGGUGAGAUUGUUGAUCCUCCAGAGGGCUGGUCGGAUGUGCUUGGGUGCAGUAGUUGACCGUGACUUCCUUCGGAAACAUGCAUGACGCAAUCAAGUAGACCGCAAAUAACCCCGCGUAGAUUCUCUUCUUCUCUCUCCUCACGGCACGUUCAAUAUGGGUCCAUCAGCAGAAUCCAUGGGCAUUCUUGCCGAAAUUCAAAAAACAGCUACAUCCAGCCUAUACCCAGCCGAGCAGCUUCAAUUGAAGCGGCAGCGUCACGCCAGUCUUGAAAAGCGAAUCGAGGAGCUCCGGGCCGAAGAUAGAGAGCGAGCCCGUUGCAUCGAGUCUCUAGAUAGGACGAGCGACAUCUUUCGUUUGGUACGCAGACUACUAGACAGCAAUGAAGACUUAGCCAAGCAGCUUGAUGAGCAGCGUACCUCCCAGGAACGAAUCGCAGAACUUGAGCAAAGGCCAACAAUCCAGUCACAUCAGGCCCUACAACAUCGAAUCAAUGAGCUUGAGGGCAGGCCCACAUCCCAGUCAUACGAUGCUUUGAAAGAUCGAUUGACGGAGCUGCAAUUCGACCUUAACGACAUGCAGCGCCGACUCUCCACGCUAGAACCAGAGCUGGAAGCAAAAUCGAAGUCUCUUCAAAAGCUUCAAGACGAGCUCGCGGGACUGAAGGACUCCUCGCUGAGUCAUGAGAAUCAGCUGCAUGAAGCCUCUACCAAGGUCGCUGGCUUGGAACAAGAUAAAGAUGGUCUUAUGCGCUAAGUCUCUUCCCUUCAAGGUCAACUGGCUUCCUCUCGGUCUUCUCAUAUGCGUCUUGAGCGUCAGCUCGACGCGAGUCGGAACCAGCUCUUGGCUUCGGUCAGGCAGUAGUGUCGGACUGAACUGCUUGGUGCCCAGAAGACCAUCUCUGAUCUCGAGGGUCAAUGAGACGAGACGUUGGGUACUGCCGAG